CCUCGGCGCUCACAAGUCGUCGCCGUCGGGUGCUUGCCAAUUUAUUUUCUUCACUUAUCAUUUCCUCACGCCCAAAUAAAUUAGUGAACUUCGCCCAAAUUAGUGAACAAGUGUCAGUGAAGUACCGAAUUAUCGGUACGGUGCAUUAAAUGUGUGUUAAUAAUGUCGAAUCCCGGCGGUAGCAGGAGGAACGGGGCGACAAAGAUACGCCUAACAAUUCUCUGCGCCAGGAAUCUAGCCAGAAAGGAUUUAUUCCGCUUGCCAGAUCCUUUUGCUAAAGUCACUGUUGAUGGGUCUGGACAGUGUCACAGUACUGACACCUGUAAAGCUACUUUAGAUCCAAAGUGGAAUCAGCAUUAUGACUUAUACAUCGGCAAAAACGAAGGUAUCACAAUAUCCGUCUGGAAUCACCGUAAAAUCCACAAAAAACAGGGCGGUGGUUUCCUGGGAUGUGUCAGAAUACUAUCAAAUACGAUACAGAGGCUUAAGGAUACUGGAUAUCAGCGUCUAGAUCUCUGUAAAGCAAACACUGAUGACACAGAGGUGAUCAAAGGUCAAAUUGUCGUCUCAUUGCUGUCUAGAGACGGUCACAAUGGGGCUGUUAGCAACACGGUAGGUCACAAUGCUGUUGUUGAUGUGCUCGGUGACUUGAGCUGUCCUACCGAUCUGCCUGAUGGUUGGGAAGAGAGAAGAACUGAGAGUGGUAGGCUCUAUUACGUCAACCAUUACACGAGGACGACCCAGUGGAUUCGUCCCAACACUCGUCCGACCACGGCAAUAAUCCCGACCACCCCGGAGCCCCCAGCGCUCGCAAACAGCGCGCCAACGUCCCCCAGCAGCAGCGGUUCGCCAGCUGGUCAAACGGACAGUCCCCCCCAGCCGCGUCCCCCCGACACCUGGAACGACGGUACCCCAACGCGAACCCCCAGCCGCGAAAACUCCGCGCAAAACACCCCCCGCAACACCCCCACCCAGACCCAGAACACGCGCAACACAACACCUCCCUCCGCGCGCGAGCGACGUCCGCGAAACCCCGAAGACCAAAACGCGAAUCAAAGCGGAAAUCGUCCGAACAGCCAACCGCGACGUCCGAGCCGGCCGAACAGGAACCGAAAUUCGGGGGAGCGAAGGCCAGAGCCGCAGCCAACGGAUCUCCCCCGAGGCUACGAGAUGCGCCAGACCCAACAGGGUCAGGUCUACUUCUACCACGUGCCCAGUGGUGCCUCGACCUGGCACGACCCGCGAAUUCCGCGAGACCUUCCAGCCAACGAGCUGGCUAACGAGCUCGGCCCGCUCCCCAGCGGCUGGGAGAUGCGUCAAACCCCGAGUGGUCGAGUCUACUUCGUGGACCACAACAACCGGACAACCCAGUUCACAGACCCCCGUCUCUCAACGCAAAUAAUAAACAACAUCCUGAAGCGACAGAGCAGCGGUGGUAACCAACCCGGUAACACCUCGACCCCAAGAGCGGACAACACAGAGCCGAUAGCCGUGACGCCGAACGCGAACCAAACGAACCGGACGAUAACCAACAACAACUCGCCGACGGAGACGCCGCCCCAGACGAUUUCCGACCUUCCUAAGGAGCUCAUGGAGAGCGAACUCCUGCCGAAGUACAAGCGCGAUCUAGUAGCGAAGCUGAAGUGCCUCAGAGCCGAGCUGAAUGCCCUUCAACCCCAGAGUGGUCACUGUCGUCUCGAGGUGUCUCGCAACGAGAUCUUCGAGGAGUCGUACCGCAUCAUCAUGAAGAUGCGGCCGAAGGACAUGCGGAAGCGUCUGAUGGUGAAGUUCAGGGGGGAGGAGGGCCUCGACUACGGCGGGGUUGCCAGGGAGUGGCUGUACCUGCUGUCGCACGAGAUGCUGAACCCACAGUACGGGCUGUUUCAGUACUCGCGGGACGACAACUACACGCUGCAGAUCAAUCCCGACUCGGGGAUCAAUCCUGAGCAUCUGUCGUAUUUCCAUUUUGCGGGGAGGAUCAUUGGCAUCGCGGUUUUUCACGGGCAUCAUGUCGACGGGGGGUUCACCACUCCCUUCUACAAGAUGCUGCUGAAUAAGGGGAUCACGCUGAGUGAUAUUGAGGGGGUCGAUCCCGAGCUGCACAGGAGUCUCACGUGGAUGCUGGAGAACAGUAUUGAUGGGGUAUUGGAUGCUGCUUUCUCGGUGGAGCACAGUAGCUUCGGCGUUCUCAGAAAUCACGAGUUAAAGCCUGGGGGCAAGGACAUAACUGUGACUGAGGAGAAUAAGAGGGAGUAUGUCAGGCUUUACGUUAACUACCGGUUUAUGAGGGGAAUUGAGCAGCAGUUCCUGGCCCUGCAGAAGGGCUUUCACGAGCUGAUACCCCCGCAACUGCUGAGGCCCUUCGACGAGAGGGAGCUCGAGCUGGUGAUCGGGGGUCUGGGGACCAUUGACAUUAACGACUGGAAGACGCACACGAGGCUGAAGCACUGCACCCCGGAUACACCGGUGGUCAAGUGGUUCUGGCAGAUUGUGGAGUCCUACGGGGAGGAGAUGCGGGCGAGACUUUUGCAGUUCGUCACGGGGAGCUCGAGGGUUCCUCUGCAGGGCUUCAAGGCCCUCCAAGGGUCCACGGGUGCUGCUGGACCUAGGUUGUUCACCAUUCAUGCGGUGGAUGCACCCAGUGAGAACCUACCCAAGGCGCAUACUUGUUUUAAUAGGAUUGAUAUACCACAGAGCUAUCCUUGCUAUCAGAAGAUGCUGGAUAAACUCACGCAGGCUGUUGAGGAGACUUGUGGGUUCGCGGUGGAGUGAAGGGAGUAAAAUUCGUUACACAAAGUGAAUAAUCUCACGGAUCAUUGUUCACGCAAUAGCAAGCGCUCAUCGACACGCGUCAAGUGCAACAAAAAAACUGGCACAAAUUCAGUGCAUGCGUUUUGCAUUGACUAAAUAAAUCAACGAUGCUGAAGAAGAAGGAGAUGAAUUGAGCUCGGCCUAGUUGUCGUCCUUCGCUUCCUCUCUCACGCUGAAGGCGAUUACACUUGGCACGCGACAUCGUUAAGUAGUCACAGUCAAUUAAUACCAUAUCAUGAAUUUUUUAAAAAAUUAUAAACGAGAGAGUGCGAGUGAUUUCGUGGGGCUGGUGAUGCUCAAGUCCAGCUGGCUCGUUCAGCUCGAUCAACUGAGAUGUUCAUUUUAAUGGCCUGGAGACUAAAUUUUCGAUUGACUGACAGUUCAUAUCAAUACGUAUUUUCUGUUUCGUGAAUUUGAAAUGACAAUUCAAGUUCGGUGAUUAAUUUAUUGGUAGUUUCAUUUGGAAAUGCGUCAUUUCCGGAAAUUCGUAUAUUAUAAAUAUUUUUAGAGAUCAAUUGGAUUCUGGCGAUUGAUCGUUUCGCGCCCACUUGCAUAUCAAAUUAUUAACAACUGAGUGCAAUAGGCAGUUAGGAAGAGGGCGAAAAAUUGUGUAAAUAGUUGAAACGAAGCUCGAUGGAGAUAAAUGAAGGACAAACGUUGUUGAGUGAUGUAUGGAAAUUUGAAUUUUUUGAAAAUUGAUUCUUCUCGUAGAGAAUAUUUAAAGAAACUGUAGAUUUUAUUUAAAACAAAAUCAUGAGUAUUUGAGGGAUUGUAUUUAAUUGAUAAAUUAUGAAACAAUGGGGGAGAGACAUCGUGUCGUUGGCCUCGUGUGCACGUACACGUGAAAUUAUUUAAUGAAUUUGUCCAUUUUAAUUGUGAGGUAAUGAAUCAUUUGAACACCUCGAUCCAACUAUUUUCACUCGUAUCAUCAGUAGACCGAGUCUUUCGUUAGUUAAUUCUUUCAAUUCUCUCUAUUCAAUUUAAUUCACAGGAAGUUUUUUCAGUGUUGAAGCUAUGAACAGACAUAUCAUUUCGUUGAUUGAAUAAACAAACGUUUUUAAAUUCAGAGGAGAUGGAACAAGUGUCCAAUUGUCGAGAGUGCCUUUGACAGAUAAUUGUUGAAUCAUAUCAGAGAAACUAAUGGAAAAUCAAGUGCAAAACUCUGGCGAUAACUGUUAGAAAAAAAAAGUGGAACAAUUCAUGUUUGAAAAAUUAUUAUAAAAAUUGAUCUGACUGUUGGAAAUAUUUCACGUCACAUCACGAGUUGUUGAACAAUAAAAAUUGAUAAACUAUUGAAAUUA